AUGACUCUGCUUGAAGAUGCUUUUCCGAAUAUGGAUAACAGUUUUAGUGAGUCUGCUAGUCCUAGAGAGGAGGAUCAUUCGAAGCAGAAGGAGGCACUUGAUGAUUUGUUAUCAGAUUGUAAUCAAGCUCUCUAUGAAGGAUGUCAGUCUUUUAGCAAGUUGUCUUUCAUGCUUAAGUUGUAUCACAUCAAGUGCAUGUCUAGAAUCAGUGACAAAGGAAUGUCAAUGAUAAUUGAGCUCUUGAAAGAAGCAUUUGAGCACGCAAAGCUACCAGAUUCUUUCAACGAUAUGAAGAAGAUUAUUCGAAAGUUAGGAUUCACAUAUGAGACCAUUCAUGUGUGUCCUAAUGAUUGCAUGUUGUAUUGGGGAGAAGAUGCAUCUAGACACACUUGUAAAGUCUGUGAAAGUUCAAGAUGGAAGACACCUAAGCCAGUUGCUGAGAAGAAGAAGAAAAAGAAGCAAGAGGCGGCCAAAGUACUUAGAUACUUUCCACUGAAACCGCGCCUGCAACGUUUCUUUAUGUCAUCCAAAACUGCAGAGUAUAUGAGGUGGCAUGAUAGUUCUAAGAAUACAGAUGGUAGGCUUAGGCAUCCUAGAGAUGGAAUGGCUUGGAAAUCAUUUAACCAACAGUUUCCAGAGUUUGCAUCAGACCCGAGGAAUGUCAGAUUAGGAUUGGCAACUGAUGGUUUUAAUCCUUUUGGUUCUAUGAGCACAAACUAUAGUGUAUGGCCUGUGCUAUUGUUCCCUUACAACUUUCCUCCUUGGAUGUCAAUGAAACAAACCUCGAUGAUACUUUCAAUGAUAAUCCCUGGAAGGAACAUGCCGGGAAAUGAUAUUGAUGUCUAUCUUCAGCCUCUUAUCAAGGAACUAAAAGAGCUAUGGUAUGAUGGAGUUUCUACAUUCGAUGCAUCUUUGAAAGAAACAUUUUGUAUGCGUGCGGUUCUGUUAUGGACUAUAAGUGAUUUUCCAGGGCUAGGGAAUUUAUCUGGGUGGAAUGUAUACAAAGGAUUAGCAUGUCCUUCUUGUAACUACGAUGCUACAGAGCUCCGUCUACACUAUGGCAAGAAAAACUGUUUUAUGGGACAUAGGCGUUUCCUUCCUGAAGAUCAUAGUUUUAGAAAAGAUAAGCAACGCUUUGAUGGUUUUAUUGAGACAAGGGUUUCUCCUACUACACCAUCAGGAAGUGUUAUUCUCCAACAGAUUGGAAAUGUUGAUGUUACAUUGGGGAAGAGAGUAGAUGCUGUUGAUGGUGAUUCAAAAAUUACAGAGGAGAUGAUUUCGGGAAAAGAAGUGUGGAGCAUGUUAAAUCGACGAGUUAUGGUUGAUUUCAAUAGAAAUGGUCAGCCUAUCAAAGAUUCUGGAGGAUUGUUUGGUUCUUGGUUAGGCUCACUAAGUAAUGACUUCAACGUACUACUUAUCAAUUACACGGAUUGGAGGAAAGUUCCCAACUAUAGGAAAGAGAUGGCUUGGAAAUUGAUUCAGGAAGAGGAAACAGGCAUUGAACCAAGUAGAAGUGAACUUUUUAUUGCAUCUCGGACUAGAUCCGAUGGAAGUAUUGUUUGUAAUGAAGCCAGAAUAUCUGUGGAUAAGCUGAAACAAGCAAUGACUCAAAAUAAUCAAAGUGAAGCUACAAGAGAUCCAUUUGAAGAUGUGUUUGAUCGUGAGCAUCCAGGACGAGUUCGAUGUGUAGGCCAUGGUCCGACACCGACCAAGUAUUUCUUGACACGUGAGCGUACUCCGAAUAACGCUGAGAUCGUAGAAAUGAAAGCUCGCAUGAAAGGAAUGGAAGAUAAGCUUGAGAUCUUGGCUAAUGCUCUCUCGACAAUGGAAUGCACUCUGAAUAACACUGAGAUCAUAGAAAUUGAAGCUCGCAUAAAAGGAAUGGAAGAUAAGCUUGAGAUCUUGGCUAAUGCUCUUUGUAAGCUUGUUGGAGAAAAAUAUCCCAACCUGGUGACUGCAAAAGAAGAAAGUUCAGGGAAAUGA